AUGGCAGCCAGUGCUCCUGCGUUCGACCUGUGCGGCGUGCGCGUGGUGCAGGACCCAGUCAAGGGCAAAGUCGUGCGCAGCGAGCGGCCGUUCGCGCCCGGUCACGUGAUCUUUCGCGAGCAGGCGUUCGUGGCGGCGUCGUGGAGCACGGACGUGUGCAGCAAAUGCGAGGAGCUUCCGUCCAGUGGUUCUGGCCAGGCGUCUUCUGCGGACUCGGGUCCUGGCUGCGAGUGCGAGCGCACUGGCACGCCGAAGCCCAUGUACUCUUCGAAGCUGCAGGCCACAGCUGGACGCCGCGCUGUCGUCGUGAACGUCAUGAAGACUGUCGACGGCAUUGACGAAGUGGAUCGAGCGCGCUGCAUUCUCAAGUGCUUGGCGAUGUACGAGCGCGACGUCUACGCUCUGGAUGAAGUGCUGAGCUUGGCGUGGGCGGCCCAGCAGCGCGCUAUGGAUGCAGCGCUCCAGUUGCGUCGCCAGCUGCCAGGCAUCUUCCCGCAGGGCUUCUCGGACGCGCAGAUGGCUCGACUCAUUGGCGUGCUCAACACCAACGCCCACGAGCUGGAAACACUUGGCGGGUCCGGACUGUUCUUAUCGGCGUGCCGCAUGGAGCACAGUUGCCGACCCAACUGCAGCUUCACAACGUUCGACUCGACGCUGUGGGUGACUGCGAUCCGCGCGGUUGCGCCUGGAGACGCGCUGUCCAUUGACUAUGGCAACUUCUUCUACCGUCCGACACUGGAGCGCCGGGAGUCGCUCUUGGACUCGUACGGGUUUGUCUGCACGUGCGAAGCCUGUGUGACGACGGCCGAUCCCACGCGCGCCGUCCACUGUGUGUCUGGCACCACCUGCUCAGAGGGUCUCAUGCUGCCGAGUCCUGUGCGAAACAGCACUGUGGCUGGCAAGAGCAGUGCACUGGACCAUUUGCAGUUCGAGUGGCGAUGCCAGACGUGCGGUACGGUUGCCGACGCUGGCGAGCGCACGCGCAUAUUGGCAGCAGAGCAGGAGCUGAUUGAGAACGAGUUCCCGCAGAGUCUCGACGAAGUGGAUCUUGUCGUGCGUCGCCGCGUGCUGCACGAGCGCCACUACCUCUUGUUCUGGGCACUCGACAGCAUUGGCUGCGAAGCUGCUGGCCGCGCGACUGCGCAGCGCUCUCGACAGGAGCUGAGUCAGGUCUGGCAACGCAUCAUUGCGUGCAUGAACGUGGUCGUGCCAGCAGCGCAUCAUGAGAAGAUCAUCUACUACGACAAUCUCGCGCAGGUUCAGGUGGUCCUCGGGGAUCUUGCAGCAGCCAGUCGAGCCUAUGCACGUGCGUACGAAACUUCGUGUCUCGUGAGCGGCACCGACUGCUCUCCGACGCGCAAACUGCUGCGUUUGAUGGAGACUCCCCCCAAGACGGCGGAGGAGCUGCGGCAGUUGUAUGCAGCUGAGGCACAGCACCGUCAGCGCCCGUCGAGCGACGUCGAGGACGAAGACACGAGCGACGACGAGUGA